AAAUCUACAAACAAAAUAUAGGUGCGAGUCGCGAGUUGUAUGAAGUUUGGGGAAAAUGGGUGUCGAAGGAAGCCAAUCUCUCCACUCUUGAGUUAUAAUCUGCCAUUGGUAUUCAAAAAGAGUGUAUGACAUGAGCUUCCAUGGCCUCCAUUUCAUAACUAGUUCUUCAAUCUGCUGUACCAAUUUCAGCUUCAAUUUGCGGAACUCUAACCUCGCUUCCAGGAUUGUAGUUUGCACCACCCAAAGGAAUUUUUCAAUGGAGGGUAUUAGAAGUGGGGAUAUGGUUGUUGGUGAUUCUGUCUCACUUCAAAACAAAAUCGCUGCUAUUCGUGCCGCGGGUCCUUCCAAGCUUCAGAUAAUUGCUGAUUUUGACUGUACGUUGACAAAGUACAAUAUCAAUGGUCAAAGGGGGCAAACCAGUCAUGCACUUCUACAGCAGGGGAAUGCAGAGUAUGAUAUGAAGAGACAGAAGCUAUAUGAUCAUUAUCAUCCAUUAGAAAUUUGUCCUGCAAUUCCCCUUGAUGAGAAAACAAAGCUUAUGGAAGAGUGGUGGGAGAAGACACAUGGUCUUCUCGUUGAGGGAGGUCUCACAUUGUAUGAUAUAAGAAAAUCUGUUGCUAAUGCCAGAAUGGAAUUUCGAGAUGGUGUAGUUGAACUGUUUGACCUUUUAGAGGAGAAGAAUGUUCCUAUCCUUAUUUUUUCUGCAGGGCUUGCAGACAUCAUAGAGGAGGUACUCAGGCAGAAAAUUCAGAAACCUUAUAGAAACGUCAAAAUUGUAUCAAACCGGAUGGUCUUCGAUGACAAAGGAAACCUCUUAUCUUUUAAAGGUAAAACCAUUCAUGUCUUGAAUAAGAAUGAGCAUUCCCUUGAUAUGGCAGCACCUUUACAUGAUAAAUUGGGAGAAAUGGAUGGGCCUGAUAUUAAUUAUGCUUCUAUGAAAAAGAGAACAAACGUUCUACUUCUUGGAGAUCAUGUUGGAGACUUGGGAAUGUCAGAUGGUCUAAAUUAUGAAACACGAAUAUCAGUGGGCUUUUUGAAUGAUAAGGUUAAUGAGUCUCUGGAGAGUUACGAAAAAGCCUUUGAUGUUGUGUUUUUGGCCAUGAGUGUAUAGCCACAGAAGAAGUACGGUCUACAGCUCAAAGUAUAUUUAUGUGUCUGUGUGCACGAAACUAUGGGGAAGAACUGGACUACUGGAGUAUGAUUUAAUAUCAAGUUUCAAAGCUGAGUGACCUGUCUCUGGAAUCUUUUGCUUACAAUGGAGAUCAAACCUUACAUCUUUCACAUUGGGAAGAGAUGUCAAACUUUAGACUCGUCUCGAUCUCAAUCAUAGUAGUGUAUUGCUUUCUUUAUAAAUUUGGAAAUAUUCUGACCUGAAAUUGGAACCCUUUUGAGGUGGAUAGAUGUUGACGGAUUGAACUCACCAGAAAACUUCAAUUAGGCUGGAAUUUGGGUAUUUUAGCUUGGAUUAGAAAGCUCACCAAUCUCAACCUUGAGGUUGGGGUAUUUUAGAAUCAAAGUCCUUGCGAUUUGGAUGUGAAUUGUGAGCUUUACCAUUAAGCUCUUGCUGCUCGUCAGUGACUGUAUUUAAUGGUUGAAAUUUAGGUUGCUAUGAUUGAACUUAGAAUGUUCAACUUCCUUCAGGAAGUUUCAGUUGUCUUUGGUAAUUACUCCCCUGGGCUUGCUCCAUGGAGCGAAAGUUGCCUUUUCAAAGGACAAAAUAUGUGGGUGGAGCCAUGGUAGCAAGGUAAGUGAGAAGAUAGAGACUGAGUUGGUGGGGAAAUCUGAUGAAAUGAGCAGUGCUGCAAACUUAUAGAGACAAGCAAAAGUAGUACUCAUGGCCGUACUGAGGGCGUAGAACUUAAGGAAGUUCAACAUAUGUGUUUCUCUCGACCAACAACUUCUGACUUCCACAAAAAUAUAUACCUACAUCUCCACAGUCAAUUAUUUAUAAUCAAUCUGAGUACUGUUCUCGAUUCCCACGUGAGUUUACAUCAUAUCAAUUUUGGGGUAUUGUAAUAAAAUUCAGGGCUGAUGGUCUUUACGAUCUAUUGUCAUCAUGAGGUCGAAGAAAUUAUUAGUCUAAGGUAUUUUCUGAACAAAGUGAAAAAACAUCAAAUGUAUCUUCGCGUAACAGAGGUAUUAUGUUAAAGUAUCGAGGGAUGAUUUUUUUCUAGCAAUCUGUAUGUUCCUCUUGUACAAAGCUAUUUGAUUCUCGUGUAUCAGGAACUGAAUUACUGUAUUCUCAUGGCAGAAUGAUGCUCCGAUGCUCGGAGUGGUCGACCUUAUAUCUCAGCUAAUAAAAGAUGGAUAGACGAAGAGCCAGGGAUGCCUUUCACUUCAAUUACUUCAGUCCACCAUGUCAAUUGAUCUUGCAUAUUGAAGAUUCAACCUCGAUAGAAAUUUUAUUUCGUAGGUAUUAUUAUUAGCAUUUUCAUAUUGUUUAUGAUUGAUCGAGCCAGCACACUAUGUUGGUCCUUUUUCUUUUAACUUUGUUUUUUCAAUCUAUCAUAUUGAGAUCGUUGUAAGCACAAAUUUGUCUACAUAAGAGCAAUCUCGGUUUUUAUGUUUUCUUGUUCACUUGAUCACCUCGGGUAUUAAAUAGGGGAGUCUACGUUUCCUUCAUGGUGAUACUUUUUGUAACAUGGAUUUACUUAAGCUACUUGUGCUCUUUAUUGUGACAUAUAAGGAAUCAUAUCAGAGUUCUUCUGCAGUAUUA